AUCAAGUGCACCUUAGGUGGACAUUCUGUUGAUGUCUUUCUACUUUGUAUUGUAGCUACUAAUGAACUUUCGUUGUGCCGCCACAGCUUCCUCCACGGAAUCGAAGGCUCCUCAGCUUGAUAUUCGCGCUAAUCGAGAGGUCAUCACCUGAUCCGUGGCUAUUUCGCUCACGUGGUAGCUAACGCUAAACCGUGCUACCUUAUUACUAAUAGUCCAUCGGUAUUUUGCUAAUAUUAACACCCCUCUCUUCAUACCUAGGUAGGCUAUCCAUACCUCCAAGCUAGCCAGAUAUCACUGAUCUCGUCUGGUACAGACCAAACUAAGAGCCCCAACAGCAUUAGAGAUAACGGUAGUUCCUCCCCUGCCUGUCCUGAGAGUCUAAAGUGCAUUUGCCCCCCAUGGCAGCUCUCAACUCGUCAUUAUCUACUGGGUCGAGGCGGCAAAUCCUCCAGUCCUUCUCGUCACCACAAAAUCCACUCGUCCGUCCUAGGUGCGUAUAUUGCUUUUCUAGGCCGUGGGCAUCGAAAACUUCAGGUAAGUAGGAUGCACUUUCGUUUUCCCUUUCUACAAUGUUUGCUGCAGAAGAUGGAUUUGUUUUAGCAGGAUAAGGAAGGUAAAAAGGGCAUUUGGCUUUACUAUAAGAGAAGGAAACCUCCGACCUCGGCCAAGUGCGGGAUGGGCCUUAUGCGUGAUGUGUAGUGGGGUCAUGCACAACAGAUGCGUUGGUUUUUCUCUGUCUAUUUUUCGUGUCUUCCUACAAGCUUUAAGGCAAGGAAGAGGAGGGAACUAUUUUAAUGCUGCAUUUUAUUUGCUUGGGAAUCUGCCGCUUUUCUAAUACAUAUCUUCACUUCUAGUCAACUCCCGGCGAGCUUCUAUUGAAAGUCGAAACCUACGACAACAAUUCCAAUCCCGCGCUAUGUCGUCCACUACUGCUCUCCGCAGUUUGAAUAUUAAGAACAUCAACCCGCACGUCGUCGAGGCCAAAUACGCUGUUAGGGGAGAACUUGCUGUUCGUUCCGAGGAGUACAGGGCGAAGCUUGCAAAGGGCGACACUAGCCUGCCUUUCGACAAAGUCAUUUCUGCGAACAUUGGAAACCCCCAGCAGCUGGAUCAGAAGCCGAUUACUUUCUUCAGACAAGUUUUGAGUCUGCUAGAGAACCCUGUUUUGUUGGAACACGAAGAUGUGCUGUUGAAUCAGUUGGGGUACAAGACAGAUGUUGUGGAAAGAGCGAAGUGGCUAUUGAAGACAGUAGGAUCUGUCGGUGCAUAUAGUGCAAGUGCCGGAGCUACAGGAAUCAAGGAAAGCGUUGCCAAGUUUAUUGAGAGACGAGACGGCUUCCCAGCAGAUCCCAAAGACAUUUACUUGUCUGCCGGUGCCUCUUCGGGAGUAAAUACUCUCUUGCAUAUUAUCUGCGCUUCGCCAAACACUGGAGUCCUUGUUCCCAUUCCACAAUACCCACUCUACACCGCCUCUCUCUCUGUUCUCAACGCCAAGUGCGUUCCAUACUACCUCGACGAGUCGAAAGGUUGGGGAACAGAUCUCGAGGCUAUCAAGGGCGCAUACAAAAAGGCUGUAUCAGAGGGGACUGAUGUCCGAGCCAUUGUUAUCAUCAACCCUGGAAACCCGACUGGUGCUAGUCUGUCCGCAGACGAUGUAAAGGCAGUUAUUGACUUCGCAGCCCAAGAGAAGCUUGUGGUAAUGGCAGAUGAGGUGUACCAAACUAAUGUCUUCAAGGGCAAGUUCCACAGCUUCAAGGGUGUUUUGAGGGAGAUGCAGAAGGCCGAUCCAGAGAAGUACAAAAAUGUUGAGCUCGUAUCGCUGCACAGUAUUUCGAAGGGUAUGGUUGGCGAGUGUGGACACCGAGGUGGAUAUUUCGAGCUCUGUGGCUUCGACCCAGAGGUACAGGAGCAGAUCUACAAGUUUGUGUCCAUUAGCUUGUGUGCCCCCGUUAUCGGACAAUGCUUAGUCGAGAUGAUGGUCAACCCACCUCAAGAAGGCUCGCCAAGUUACGAGCUAUACAAGCAGGAGUAUGAUGGUAUCUUCUCUAGUCUCCAGAAGAGAGCAACUGCUUUGUACGAGGCUUUCAAGGAAAUGGAAGGUGUUGAGUGCGAUGAUCCUCAAGGAUCUAUGUACCUCUUCCCUACUAUCAAGCUCCCUCCCAAGGCUAUUGAAGCCGCUAAGAAGGAAGGGCGUUCACCUGAUGAGUUCUACGCUUUCCGUCUCCUCGAUGCGACAGGAGUCUGUGUUGUGGCAGGAUCCGGCUUUGGCCAGAAAGAGGAUACUCUUCAUUUCAGAACGACCUUCCUUGCACCAGGUACUGAGUGGGUUGGCAGAAUCACAAAGUUCCACAGUGAAUUCAUAGACGAGUUCAGAUAAAGUUGUAUAGUAAUUGCUUUCUACGGAGGUACAACCUCUGCCACGCCUUCUCGAUAUGCAAUCUACCGUACGCUGCGUGAUUUGAGGGCUAGUGAGCAAUAGUGUUAUUCAAUUCUAUAAUGAUAAACAAACCCACCCAGCUUUAGAAUUUCUUGAGGCUCGUGAUACUACCUGCACACGAGGCUGCAAGGUAGGUCUGUAGGUAAGGUUACCUAGGUAAGAAGAAGCGUCCCCACUCACGUGCAUGUGCUUGCGUUCCAUGUUCUCUGCAUUAGCCAAUCAGCAGCCGUAUCGAAGCGCUCACGGCGAACAUUAAAAAUAGCACUCAGAUCGUGACAAUCGCGGCUCAUGCACAGUUGAGCAACUAUCACAUAUCUCCAGCGGCUUUUAUCGAUUGUGAUUGUGACAGUGGUAUAACGUGAGCAUUUAUAUAUAAUAGCUCCGCUCGCAGCUUUCGACAAACUGAGUCGAGGUGCAUCGUGACACGGCACGCUCUUCUCAUCAUGCUGCUUCUGGCGUGUGUCCCGCGGUGAGGGCUUGGUGAUAAUGGCAUGGCAGGACUUCAGAGGGAGAGCCAGUCGGGCUUGGGCUUGCGUCUGAACUUAUGGCCACUGUGCAAGUCCACGCGCCGUCGUCUGUCUUCUUAAACACUCGGGCGGUUUGAGCUGUCCUUCACCAGAGCCUCCCGCUGUCGAGGCUGCCACUGCCAGUGUGACAUAAAUCAGAUUAUUAUUGUCAAAACGGUCUGAAAAGCGAGCAGGGCAGAGCAGAGUUGUGUCAAUGCAGAUUCAUGUGGUCAUGGGAGGCUGAAUCGAGGCUGCCGGCCGGAGGUUCUCUGACGUUCGGAGUUUGAGGGACGGGAUCAAACCUAGCACGAGUCGAAGCGCUGUCUCAUCCUCAUCCCCUGCACUUUUUUUUCGAUCGGAUGGCAGCUUGUUCACGGGCUAACGUAGCAAAAGAUGGGACCCUUGAGUUCAUGCGCUGUCGCAGACGAGGCCGCCACGGCUAGAUGAUGAGACGGACAGCACGAAGGAUGAUACGGAUGAAGUUUUCAGACUGGAUGAUGGCACACUGGGAGACCUGGGCGACCUGGGCGAGAUGUGAUAAUGUAAUAAUGAUGAUGGACGAUGGACGAGGGCAGCGCGGGAAGAAGAGUGCGGCGUGCCAGUGUGUGCCAGUGCCAAUGCCAGUGCCACACGAUAGCAGGGGUAGAGGAUAGAGGAUAGAGGGGGAGAGGGAGAGGGAGAGGGAGAGGGAGAGGGAGAGGGAG